AUGAAGAUAAACGAGAAGAAUUUAUGCGCAUUCGCCUCAUCAGCGACUCCUGUAGACCGUGAGGGUUGGCUGGAUAUGAGAGGCGAGGUAGGCAAGAGUUAUCAGCGACGCUGGUUUACUCUUAAAGGGAAUCUACUGUUCUAUUUCGACAAGAAAGGAGAUAAAGAACCAGUUGGCGUUAUCAUACUCGAAGGGUGCACUAUUGAACUGACAGAAGAAGAAUCAUACAGUUUUAAAAUAGUAUUUCAUUGUGAAGGAGGCCGAACAUAUUUCUUAUGCACAAACUCACAAGCCUCUAUGGAGGCUUGGAUGAAGGCUUUGGCAUGUGGAAGUUAUGAUUACAUGAAGUUAAUGGUAGCUGAAUUACAGAGACAAUUGGAUGAAGCUCAAGCUGAAGAAGCGGCUGAGGCAGCAGCAAUGGUAACUGUCUCAUCUGCAGAAGAAGAACCUAAAGUUCCUCCAAGAGGUCAACGUCACAAUCCAUUUAAUAAAGUUCCUGAUGGAGAAAGCAAAGCUGUGACUGGGAGUAGACAUCAUAAAGAAAGUAUUAAGUCAAACGAGGUGCCUCGUAAAAAAGUACCAUUUAGAGACAUUCACAAAGCCUAUGGAAAUAAGAUACUGAGAGAUAGAAGUGAAUGGCGCGCCAAAUUACGUGGUCGCCAAGAGGCAGUGGAAAAACCUCUUAUACAACUG